CACAAUGCAAAAUCAUAUUUCAGAAAUAAAAAUAUGAAAGUCCUAUUUUAAAAUUCUGUCUAUAUUUUAGUCUUAUUUAAGAUAUUUAUGGUUAACAAGAAAUUAUUGUUGCAAGGAGUCAAAUAAAUUAAGGAAACCUCGAGAUUUCAGCACUGCUUCGUCUUCUUCGUCGUCUCCACCUCUGGGAAGAAUCGAGCUCCGUACCAGAUACAGAGUCAAAUACAUAGAAGUAGAGAGCUUGUGAAGAAGUAAUGGCAGGCAAUGGCGAUCGAGUACCCGUGGCGUUGUACUGGGGAGGUGAAAUCAUAAAGAACGGAUACCUGGGGUCCGCAGACUACUCGGAGCCGCCGAAAACAAUGUGCUUCGUGAGCCGCGGCAGCAGCCACGAUGAGCUGGUGCGCGAAGUGCGCUUUGCAAUGAACGCGGAUGAUGACGAAGACGAUACGAAAAGCCUCACUCUGUUCGGGAAGCACCAGACGACCCUUUCGGGAGGGAAGCUCAUGUUCGUUUCGGUCCCGCUCACGGACGACCGGUCGUGGAAGUGGUUUCUUGAAGCAAACACGGUCUCUGAGCCGGUCCACGUGUACGCGGUUGUUGCAACAAGAAUGCCCGAAUCCGGAACGGGCGCGGGUAGGAACAAGAAGCGGGCGAGGGAAACGGGAGAGGCAACGACGACAGUGAAGAUCGUUGUGAAAACCAUUAUGGGGAAGAGGUUUACCCUGGAGGUUGAAUCGUCGGACACCAUUGCUGACAUCAAGGAACAGAUUGAGGAGUCGGAGGGGGUUCCGGCUGACCAGCAGCAGCUCCUCUUCCGUUGCGGGCAGCUUGAGGACUGCCGCACAAUCGGGUUCUACAACAUCGAGAAGAAGUCCACUCUCCUUCUCGUUCUCGUUCUCGUCCGUCCGGCCACCGCUGUGAUAUGAACAAAUAAAUAAAUUCUUCUCUCCCAACCACAUUUUUCAAACAGACGUCUUCGAUCUAGUAGCUCGUUGACACAUGACUUAAAAUAUAUGAUGAAGUUCUUUUGACACAUUCUCUUUCUACAUUUGAAAUCAUUUUUACACUCUAUUUCUUUUUUUUAAAUCGCUGUUACUCUUUUACUUUUUCAAUCACUUUUUCUCCAGUCCAUCACAAAUUUGCCUUAAUCCAUGGGAAAUCCCACAUUCCCAAAACUCAUGGGACAGAGGGAGUGCAAAAAGCAGAGUCAACAAAGGUGUAACAUAUGAAGAACCUUAUCUUACAAGUAGUUGUGUUCAAACAUGAUCCCGUCCUCAGUCUCCAUGGCGGGUUCAUUCCACUACUGAGUUUUUCUUGCUCGCUUGAUUAAGCCUUUGGUUUUGCUUGUAAUUGUGGAGAUGGAAUGCUAGCUAUAAAUGGCUUCAAGUUUU